ACAGCACAACCUGCCUCAGAUGCCAAGAUGACUUGAGCUUCGCUACUUGAAGCUCCUUGUCGAUUUCACCUGUCAACAUCAUUUACCAUCUCAUCUCACGGCUUUCUGUGCGCCCGCCUCGCUUGUCGCUUCUCGGCUCAACCUUCCAGUCGACCGUUUCUUCUUCUCGCGCCAUUAGUUUCCGAGGGACACGAUGAAGGCAGCUAAACCAUCUCAACCCGAUGCUGCUGGUCCUUCCAGUCGGAGGGCCCAGCCAGUUCGUCAAACGCGGACGAACCCUCCGAGGACGAACUCUGGGUCUCGCAUUGUUGGCGGCCGCGAGUCGCUUGGAGGCAGUCAAGCCCACGAUCAGCCCAUCGACAUCUUUCCCGCCAUUACUCACUUCACCGACGCCAUUACCUCCCUACCUAAAGACAUCGUCCGACACUUCACACUCUUGAAAGAAGUUGAUGCCAAAAUCUUUGCUCCCGAGGAGGCAUUAUUCCAAUUUGUCGACGCCGCUCUUAAAUCGAACCCUCCCGAAUCACGGAGCACUCGCGAUGGCUCCAGUAGUGUCGCGCCCGCCUCGACACCUAUGAGCGCCCAGAAUAGCUCCAGUGGUAACGCAUUGGGCGGUCAACCGGCGCCUGGCUCACUCAACGAAUCCCAAGCCUCCACUGUCUUCGAUCCAAGCAACUUACCAAGGCGGAAACUCUUUCUCCACACCGCAUUCAAAAUUCAAGAAAUACUCGUCUCUCUCGAAGAGAAGAACCAUGUAAUAUCUACAGCAAACGAGGCCCUCUCUAAACACUUGUCUCGCAUUAACGAUGUUUGGCCCCACCUCGAAAGUGAAUUCAGUGAUGAGGCAAAAUGGGGCAGUACUACGCAUUGGGCCUACCCAGAGAACCGUAUCAAUCGGGCAAACCAGGCGGAAAGAUCGCGGCGUGAUGGGGCCGCCGUUAUCACCGCUGCUGCGCAGCAACUCCAAGUAGAGGAAGCUGCAGCACGAAGCGAUGCGAGAAAACAAGCGCUUAUGGCCAAGAAGGGCCUUAAGAACCAACACCAAGACUCCGACGCCGAUGACCAUGACAAUAAACAAAAAGGCGACCCUCCAAAAAAGACACAGGGCGGAACUAAAGCACGCAAAACCGCGGAAUCUACGACACCAGUGGGUCUAGGUAUUACCACAGGUGCCAAUGCGAACGGGAAUCCCCCAUCAAAGAGGAGGAAGGUUGAAAACAACGCUAAAGCAGUCAAUGGCGGACAGCCUAUGGAACGUGCUAUGAGCUCCGUGUAUGGCAGCAAUGUCCCUAAACCCAAAAAUCCUAGCCCACGGGCGACUCCAGCGCCCGAACCAACCAAGAAGCGGAAAGCGCUUCCCACCGCAAAUGGAAUAUCGAAGAAGAGCAAAACCGCAGCCGUAUCCGCCGCGGCGGUCUCUCCAUCCAUACCAUCACCGACCCCUCAACCAAAUCUAGGAGAUAAACCAAAUGUUCGCGGCUCUCCCGUGCCACCCACCAACGCGCCGCGCCCAGCUUCUUCGAGAGCGAGACAGAAUUCCAUCCAGUCGAAUGUAGAGAACGGUCGACAGCGCCCUGCCUCAUCAGCAUCAAACCGGCCUAAUGGGAUGACUAUUGCCCUCUCCGAAGUGCCUGUCGCACCCAGUGGACCGCGAGCCUCGGUCGAGCCCAAAACCAUAAAGGAUUCUACCGCUGUUAUCAAGACAGAGCCGAAUAAAGAAGAAACCAGCGUUCGCCCUCCAGUUGCCGUGAAUGGCCUUACCAAGAAAGACAACCUACCCAAGCCAGAUGAUGCAGAAUCCAAGCAAGAGCCUUUACAAAACCAUGUACCAACCACAACGACAGUUGUUACAACUAAAAGCGGGCGAGCCAGUAAGCCAUCAACUCCGGCCCUAGGCAGCUUUCCAGAUGCAGCACCACGGUCCCGGUCGUCAAGAAACACGACGACGACAACGGCGAAGAGGAGUCAUAAGAAAGGUGCCUCUUUGCACGCAAUACCUCCACGUGUUGUGGAUGAGGACACAAACAGCAGUGGCCACGGCGAUGAUGAAGGCGAGGUCGAUGCUGAUGAACCGCUGUAUUGUUAUUGCAACGGGGUUAGUUACGGCGAAAUGGUGGCUUGCGACGCAGAGGACUGCCAACGGGAGUGGUUUCAUCUCGACUGUGUGGGCUUGAAAGCAGCUCCACCCUCUAACAUGAAAUGGUAUUGCGAUAACUGCAAGGACCGUCUCAAGACGGGGAAGAAAGUCAACGGAAGGUGAAUCUUUGGUUGUAACGUGUUCCGCGAAUGAGUGAUUAUGCCAGGUCACCCUCUAUGAUACAUAUAACGGAGUUGGUGGCUAUCAUCCAAAUCAUUUUACGGCGAAUGGCGUCUGGAGCAAGCCGAUUAGCGAGCAUUUGCAGAAUUCCAAUGACUCGUGGUUUUGGCCCUCCUGGAUACAGUAUAUUUUCCUUCCUCCUUCGAGGGUUGUUCCAUAGAUUAGCGGGUGGUCCAAUAGCGAUUAGGGCAAAAGAUGAAAGAGGUUAUAGCGAUCUUUUGACGGGGUUCAGCGCAACGAGAGGCACUUUGCAGCACCGCUUCAUACUAUCAGAGAACCCAUAGCAUCAGGAAAGGCAGGAGUCUUUAGGGCGCGGUAGUUCUCAUUAUAAUUCUCUAUCCACGGAGCUACUAGAGAUGGUCAAUUGCGUCGUUUACGUAACAAGAUAUUUGUUUCCGUCUCUAUACGACUUUGGUCGGGUCGAUAGACGGAGGAAACUGCCGACAGAGACUUAGCGUGCAUCUGCUAAUAGGUAUAUAGAAAAUAAUGAAGCUAUAGUUCACGCAAUCCAGUUAUGCACUAAUAGACGGCUGACCUUUGGUGCCAUCAGUCCUCACCAAAGAUCCUUAUG